AUGGAGCUCAUGGUGGGACCUGAAGCCAAGGUACGCCUCACAGGAACCAAGUAUGCCUGUGGAACAGGAGGCUGUGGGGCCUGUACCGUGAUGGUGUCCCAGCAUGACCCGGUGUGCAAGAAAACAAGGCACUUCUCUGUCGUGGCAUGCCUGGUGCCCCUGUGCUCCCUGCACGGGGCCGCCGUCACCACCGUGGAAGGUGUCGGGAGCAUCAAGUCCAGGCUUCACCCUGUGCAGGAGAGGAUCGCCAAGAGCCAUGGUACCCAGUGUGGCUUCUGCACUCCUGGGAUGGUGAUGUCCAUGUACGCGCUGCUCCGGAACCAUCCACAGCCCUCAGAGGGGCAGCUCAUGGAAGCGUUGGGAGGUAACCUCUGCCGCUGUACUGGGUAUCGGCCAAUUCUGGAGAGUGGCAAGACCUUCUGCACGAUCUGCACGGAGCUGUUUGCAAAAGAUGAGUUCCAGCCCUUGGACCCGACCCAGGAGCUCAUAUUUCCCCCAGAACUCCUGAGAAUGGCUGAGAACCCAGAAAAACAAACCCUAACCUUUUACGGAAAGAGAAUUACCUGGAUCUCCCCAGGAACCCUCCAAGAUCUCUUGGUGCUGAAAUCCAAGUACCCGGAAGCACCACUCAUCUCAGGCAACACAUCUCUGGGACCAGCCAUGAAAUCUCAAGGACACGCCUACCCAAUUCUCCUCUCUCCUGCUAGAAUUCCUGAUCUAAAGACGGUGACUAAAACUAGCGACGGACUGACCAUCGGCGCGGGCUGCAGCCUGGCUCAGGUGAAAGACAUCUUGGCUGAAAGCAUCUCUGAGCUCCCAGAGGAGAAAACUAAGACCUACCGCGCUCUCCUGAAACACCUUCAGAGCCUGGCUGGGCAGCAGAUCCGGAACAUGGCGUCCCUAGGUGGACAUGUUAUAAGCAGGCAUUGCUACUCAGACCUGAAUCCUAUUCUCUCUGUGGGCAAUGCCACCCUCAAUCUGCUGUCAGAAGAAGGCCUGCGGCAGAUUCCCCUCAAUGGACAUUUUCUGGCUGGGUUGGUGAGCGCAGACCUGAAACCAGAGGAGAUUUUGGAAUCUGUGUGCAUCCCUCACUCUCAAAAGGGGGAGUUCGUGUCCGCCUUCCGGCAGGCCCAGUGCCAUCAGAACGCUCUGCCUGAUGCGAAUGCUGGCAUGAGAGUCCGCUUCAAAGAAGGCACUGACACCAUUGAGGACCUGAGCAUUGCCUACGGAGGCGUGGGGCCCACCACCCUCAGUGCAGAGGGAUCCUGCCAGCGCCUCCUUGGCAGGCGCUGGAACGCGCUCACGCUGGAUGAGGCGUGCAGGCUGCUCCUGGAUGAAGUCUCCCUCCCCGGCUCAGCCCUGGGGGGCAAAGUGGAAUUCAGGAGGACUCUGGUCGUCAGCUUCUUCUUCAAGUUCUACCUGGAGGUUCUGCAGGAACUGAGGGCGGAAGUAAAGCCUCCUGCUUCAUCCCAGGACAGCCAGCUUCAUCCAGAGGUUGCAGGCCGCUUCCUAAGCGCUCUGGGAGAGUUCCAGGUCACGCUACCCCGGGGAGUCCAAACAUACCAGAGCGUGGAUUCUCACCAGCCUCUCCAAGAUCCAGUUGGACGUCCCAUCAUGCACCUGUCAGGUCUUAAACAUGCCACAGGGGAAGCCGUAUUUUGUGAUGACAUCCCCAGGGUGGAUAAAGAACUUUCCAUGGCUCUGGUGACCAGUACCAGGGCUCAUGCAAAAAUCAUAUCAAUCGAUUCGUCUGAGGCCCUUGACCUACCUGGUGUGGUCGACGUGAUAACAGCUGAAGACAUCCCAGGCACCAACGGUGAUGAGGAUGACAAACUACUGGCCGUAGAUAAGGUGCUCUGUGUGGGCCAGGUCAUCUGUGCUGUGGUUGCGGAGACUGAUAUUCAGGCAAAACGAGCAACUGGAAAGAUAAAAAUCACCUAUGAGGAUCUGACACCUGUGAUUUUCACCAUCGAGGAUGCCAUAAAACACAAUUCGUUCCUGUGCCCUGAAAAAAAGCUUGAACAAGGCAACGUCGAGGAGGCGUUUGAAAACGUGGAUCAGAUAGUUGAAGGAGAGAUCCACGUUGGAGGUCAAGAACAUUUCUACAUGGAGACACAGAGAGUGCUCGUUAUUCCAAAGACAGAAGACAAGGAACUGGACAUGUAUGUGUCCACACAGGAUCCAGCCCACGUGCAGAAAACAGUGUCCUCGACCUUGAAUGUCCCCAUCAGCAGGAUCACCUGCCAUGUGAAACGAGUGGGCGGAGGCUUUGGAGGAAAGGUGGGGAGACCAGCUGUGUUCGGGGCCAUUGCUGCCGUGGGUGCUGUCAAAACCGGCCGUCCCAUUCGUCUCGUUCUGGAUCGAGAAGACGAUAUGUUAAUAACUGGGGGCAGGCACCCGUUAUUUGGAAAAUAUAAAGUAGGAUUCAUGAACAGUGGACGAAUCAAAGCCCUGGACAUCGGAUGCUACAUCAAUGGAGGAUGCACCUUGGAUGACUCGGAGUUGGUGACAGAAUUUCUUGUACUAAAGCUGGAAAACGCAUAUAAAAUCCGCAACCUCAGAUUCCGAGGUCGUGCGUGCAUGACAAAUUUGCCAUCCAAUACAGCCUUCCGUGGCUUUGGCUUCCCACAAGGAGCCCUGGUAACCGAAUCUUGCAUCACAGCUGUGGCAGCCAAAUGUGGGCUUCCGCCAGAAAAGAUUAGGGAGAAAAACAUGUACAAAACAGUUGAUAAAACCAUCUACAAACAAGCAUUCAGCCCCGAACCCCUGAUAAGGUGUUGGAACGAGUGCCUGGACAAGUCUUCCUUUCACACCAGAAGGACACAAGUGGACGAAUUCAACAAGAAGAAUUACUGGAAGAAGCGAGGCAUGGCUCUUAUCCCCAUGAAGUUUUCAGUGGGCUUCGCUGCAACGAGCUACCACCAGGCAGCUGCGCUGGUUCACAUCUACACGGAUGGGUCUGUGUUGGUUGCACACGGGGGCAACGAACUGGGACAAGGUAUUCACACCAAAAUGUUACAGGUGGCCAGCCGUGAGUUAAAAAUACCCCUGUCUCAGAUGCACAUCUGUGAAACCAGCACGGCCACGGUGCCCAAUACAAUUGCUACGGCAGCGUCCAUCGGAGCAGACGUCAACGGCAGAGCUGUGCAGAAUGCCUGUCAGAUCCUUCUCAAACGUCUUGAGCCCAUCAUUAGGAAAAACCCAGAAGGGACAUGGAGAGACUGGAUAGAAGCAGCGUUUGAACAAAGAAUCAGCCUUUCAGCCACUGGAUACUUCAGGGGCUACAAGGCCUUCAUGGACUGGGAGAAGGGGGAGGGGGACCCAUUCCCGUACUAUGUCUAUGGAGCUGCGUGUUCUGAGGUUGAAAUUGACUGCCUGACAGGUGCUCACAAGAAAAUCAGAACAGACAUUGUCAUGGAUGCGUGCUGCAGCCUGAAUCCAGCCAUUGAUAUUGGGCAGAUAGAAGGUGCAUUUAUUCAAGGAGUGGGCCUUUACACCACUGAAGAGCUACACUACUCUCCAGAGGGCGUCCUGUACUCUCGGAGCCCAAAUGAAUACAAAAUCCCAACGGUCACGGAUGUCCCUGAGCAGUUUAACGUGUCCCUGCUGCCACCGUCUCAGACCCCGCUCACCAUCUACUCGUCCAAGGGCCUCGGGGAAUCUGGGAUGUUCCUAGGGUCAUCUGUGUUUUUUGCCAUUGCUGAUGGGGUGGCUGCAGCACGCAGACAGAGAGACGUAGCUGAGGACUUCACAGUGAAGAGCCCAGCGACCCCAGAGCGGGUGCGGAUGGCCUGUGCAGAUCGGUUCACAGACAUGAUCCCAAGAGAUGACCCAAAGACAUUUAAACCGUGGUCUAUACCUAUAGCAUAAUCUGCUAUCAUUUCCUACGAGGUAAGACCAUUAAAUUAAAUGAUAAUUACUCCA